AGUGACAGAAAGAAGAACCGCCUCUAAAUCCCAUCAAGAAGCAGAAGAGUGACAGACAGGCUCACCAGCUGCUGAGGAGCUUCAGGUCGACCUGCCUUAUUCUGUGUGUGUGUGUGUGUGUGUGUGUGUGUGUGGCUGCUUUAUCUGAGGCUAUACUCUGUGCACGUGCGUCACGGUGUGUGGAACUGUUUGAGACACGAGGGGGAUCCGGAUCCGACCGAAACCGGACCGGAGACGUGAUGAGCCCGCUGUGGAUCUCCGCCUGAAUCUUUGCCGUGUGAAAAGGUGGCUGGGCAGACAGUGAUGGGGGAGUCCUGGCUCAGCGGGGGGGAGUCUCGGCUCAUCGUGGAGGAGCUCCUCGCUCUUUGUCUCCAGAGGAUCAACAUGGAGGAGAACUCGAUCUACAUGGAGAGAGAGAUGGUGGAGGUGCUGAAGAACUUUGAGACGGUGAGGAAACGCUGGUUUCAUGCUGACCUGGAGAUGAAGAAGUACAAAGAGCUGCUGGUGAAGUCGGACGUGGCCAAAGCUGCUCUGGAGGUGAAACUGAAGCACGCCAGAAACCAGCUCGACGUGGAGAUGAAGAAACGCUUCAAGAUUGAGGGAGACUACCAGUACCUGCAGAGGCAGAUGCAGCUCAUGUGCGACAUCCUCGUCCACGACAGCAAAUCAAGCGCCGUGCUGAACGACGAACAGAAAUCGCUGCUCGCCACAUUUGAACACAAAGGAGGCAACACGACGCUGCACCGCAGCAGCAAACGGUUGUCGGUGAUCGAUGAGUCGUCCUUCCUGUCUCACUCUGACAUCAGCUACGACCGCACAGACGACGACGUGGAUCUGGAUACAACAGUGAUUAAACCUCUGAGAUCUCGAGCCAGAGAGAGAAGACGCUCGUCGAUUGGUCCUCUUCUCGGCUGUCCGGUCGGGAAGCGAGGGCGAGGUGGGAACAUUUCUUCUGAGCUGCUGGAGAGAAAAACUGUGGAGAAGGAGGUGGAGACGAUAGUGAAAGCGGCUGUGACCUCUCCAGAGACCAGGGAUCAGAUCCACAUGGUGCAGGGAAUCACACAGGAGACACCGGAGAACCCGACCCAGACCGUCAACCAGGAGUGUGCACUUUCUCCAGGAGGAGUUGGAGACCAAACGUCUGUGUGGUUUCCCGAUGAGACGACGGUCGAACCUGAAAGUGAAGCCCACUCAGACGACAGAUCAUCGUACAUCUUCAGAUCUGAGAAAACCUCCAAACACGUCUUCCUGUCUAAAACGGUGAUCCGGCCUGAGACCUGCACGCCAUGUGGAAAGAGGAUCCGCUUUGGGAAGAUGGCGGUGAAGUGUCGAAACUGCCGCGUGGUCUCUCAUCCAGAGUGCAAACACAAAUUUAGCGACGGUUGUUUUGACGCUGCUACGACUAGGAGUACAGCUCAACAGAACACGUUGGAGGGUUUCGCUCCCCUCAAUCAUCCCCGAGUUCCUCAGCUGGUGGUGGAGUGUGUGGCCGAGAUCGAGAGGAGGGGGCUGGAAGAGAGGGGGCUGUACCGGGUUCCUGGGGGGGAACGUCUGGUGAAGGAGCUCAGGGACCGGUUCAUACAGGGGAAAACUCCGCUCAUGCUCUGUAAGGUCUCGGACGUUCACGGGAUCUGUGGCCUUCUGAAGGACUUUCUGAGGAAACUGAAGGAACCUCUGAUCACCUUCAGGCUGCACAGAACCUUCAUGGAGGCUGCAGAGGUGAUUAAUGAAGAGAAGAGCAUCACCGUCAUGUAUCAGGCCCUCGCCAAGCUGCCGAAGGCCAACAGAGACACGCUGGCCUUCCUCAUGCUUCAUCUACACAAGGUGAUGAGGAGUCCUCCGUGUCAGAUGGAUCAGAAUAACUUGGCCCGAGUUUUUGGUCCAACCAUCGUGGGACACGGGAUGUCUGAGCCGUCUCCGACGACCAUCAUGAGAGACACCAACACUCAGCCCAAGGUGAUUUGUCGCUUGUUGUCCCUCCCUGAAGCCUACUGGAGGCGUGUCCUGUCGGAUCAUAACUCGUCCUCGACCACAGUGGCGUACAGUCAGGAUGGUGGACACGGCCGGUUAUUCAAACCGGUGACGUCUCCGGAGUUGAGCAGCUACUAUAAAAACGCCACUUAUGGAUCUCUGAGAGGUCGGGUCAGGAACGUCUCCAAUGUUCCCACCAGCAGUCGAGCAGAUCCGGGAAAGAGGUUCUUCACGUCACCCAGCUGAUCCGGAUUCACACAAUACUACGAGAUCUACACAAAAUACCACACAAAGUACACUGUUGGACUACACACAGUUAGAUCCCAGUGUGUUUGAAAGGAUGUAACCAAUCAAACUGAGUCUGUAAUCAAACUUAACUUUGUGUAUUAAUGUGAUUUAUUGUUUUUCUAAGAGAGUCAGAGAAUCUAAAAAAGAGAUGACUGUAAAAGCUGACACACUUAGAAACACACAAUUACUGUAUAAGACUGCGUAGGGGUUUAGACUGGACCCACUCAGGGUUUAAACUGGACCCACUCUGGUGUCUCUUAGUUUGAACUGGACUCAUUUGAGAGUCUCUGGAUUUCAAUUGGAUAUAGUCAGAUGUCUCGGGUAUAUAGACCCAACUCACUCAAGUACUUUGAGGUUUAAACUGGACUCACUCUGGUUUCAUGGGAUAAACUGGACUUAUUGGGUGUGUCAGGAUUUAAGUUGGACUAACUUGGCUGUAUCAGGAUUAAAACUGAACUCACUCGGGUGUCUCCCGGUUUAAGAUGGACUACCUGUCUGGUUUUAAACUGGACUCACCCAAUUGUCUCAAGAUCUAGACUGGACUCCCUCAGAUGUCUCUGUAUUUAGACUGGACUCACUGGGGUGUCUCUGGAUCUAGACUGGACUCCCUCAGGUGUCUCUGGAUCUAGACUGGACUCACUGGGCUUUCUCUGGAUCUAGACUGGACUCACUGGGGUGUCUCUGGAUCUAGACUGGACUCCCUCAGGUGUCUCUGGAUCUAGACUGGACUCACUGGGGUGUCUCUGGAUCUAGACUGGACUCCCUCAGGUGUCUCUGGAUCUAGACUGGACUCCCUCAGGUGUCUCUGGAUCUAGACUGGACUCACUGGCUUUCUCUGGAUUAGACU